AUGGUGCAUGAAAUCCAGCGCUUUAGCAACAUCGUCUCGAUCAGAGUGCCCAGAUACUGCAUAAGAGAUACGAUGAUCCAGAAGUUUCACCUAAGAAAGGGCACCAUCUUUAUCCCGAACAUGGCUUCUGCCUUGUAUGAUGCCAACGAGUGGGAGACACCCCUCGCCUUCAACCCAAACCAUUUCCUCGACAAGGAAGGCAAUUUUAUCUGUCGAGAAGCAUUCAUCCCAUUUUCUCUAGGUCAUCGAGCAUGUUUGGGAGAAAAUUUGGCAAAAACAGAGUUGUUCCUUUUCUUUACCAAUCUUGUGCAAACUUCAAUUUCCACUUGGCUGACGGAUCAAAAGCUUGACGUGAUCUGGGGAGGCACUCUGCAUCCUCAUUCCUUUGAGAUCUGUGCAAUUCCUCGCUAA